UGGAUUUUGCGUAUUGUGUUCCACCUGGAUUCUGAUUGCUUUUGGACUCCGACUUGGACUAUUCCAUUGCGCAUAUAUUAGUUUUGAAUAAUUAUUUGAAGUUUCAGAAGAGCAUUCUUCGAUUUUCAAACUUCAUUGUGCAACAUCUUGGGGGUGAAAAGUUCGUAACUUUCCAGAUGACUAACGAUUGGACAAAUUUAAAAUACCGCAGCGUGCUGACCGAUGACGACGGCGAUGAGUGGACCGUCGGCUUUCCGAUCGGCAAAGGGGGGUUUGGACACAUAUAUGCGACUCGACGCUUGGGGAAGCGGAUUUUCGAUGCAGUCGUCAAAUGUGAACCACACACCAAUACGACGCUGAGCACUGAGAUCGAUUUCUAUGCCGAGAAUGCCAAGAUCGAGGACAUAGAACGUUACGAAGAGGAGCAUGGCAUAGAAACUCUGGGCAUGUCUUACAUGCUGGGCCACGGCUCUAAGGUUAUUAAUAAUCAGAAGAUUCGAUUCCUGGUUAUGCCAUUGCUAGGAACAGAUCUGAAUAUUAUGUGCAGAUCAAUAGACACUUGGAUUCCAAGGGGAACAGUGUACCGCAUUGCAGUGCAAAUACUGCACGUCUGCGAGUAUAUACAUGGCAGGGGCUAUAUACACGGCGAUCUGAAAGAGGCAAACAUUAUUGUGGGCACAGCCGAUGCUGGCCAAGCAUAUUUGGUAGACUUCGGCCUGUCCACCAAAUUGGUAACUGGUGCCUACGUGGAAAGGUUCGAGUAUAUGCACAGGGGAACCGAGCCAUACACGUCGCGAGACGCUCACAGAGGGGUCUCAACGAAGCGAUCAGAUCUAGAAAUGCUUGGGCUUUGCCUAAUGCAUUUGCUGGGCGCCCAUUUCCCAUGGGAGGCCAGCCAGCUGAGACCCAAUGAGAUCCGCGACUGCAAGGUGCAAACAAUGUCCGAUAUGUCUAAGGGACUGAAGACAUUUUUCCCAAAUGGCGCACCUCUGCCUAUAGCGAAGUUUAUGGAAUACGUUAACGGGCUGACUCAUCUCCAGACACCAGAUUACGAGAAAUGCCGUAAAAUGUUCCUCACCGAACUCAAGAGGUUGAAAAUACCAAACACCGGAGCAUUGAAGUUUCCAUCGCCCAAGAAGAGAGGCAGGAAGAGGAAGAGAGAAGACGAUACUAACUAAUGGGUGGUUCCUCUGCCAGCAAUAUAAAAAUAUAAUCUUCUAUAUAAUAUUUGUAUUCUCAUUAUGCUAUCGGGGUCAUCAAACGAUAAUGAGCUGCUCGAAGCUAAGCUCCUAUAUAUUUUAUA